AUGACCGAGAGAGAUAGACCGAGAGAGCUACUAGUACUAGCCUUCGUGAAGAGAAAGAUUGAAGAAGAAGAAAUGGGAGACCAUAGCAAUGAGAACAGUUUCUUCAACGCAGUCCAGGAAGGUAAAUGGAAUGAGGCAAAGAAAAUUUAUAAUAAAAAUCCAGGCAUAUUGAGGGCAACCAGUCUAAAUUUUGGCAAGUCAGCUCUUCAUAUUGCUUCCGUAGCGGGACACGCCCAUAUUGUUGAAGUGUUAGUUGAGUUAAUGGAAGAAAAAGAAUUAGAACGAAGAGGAAUCUUGGAUGGCUUCACAGCUCUUGCUGAUGCUACAAUGAAUGGAAAAGCAAAUAUAGCAAAGUGUAUGGUAGAAAAGAACUCUAAAAUUGUGAGUAUUCCCACCGAGACUGGAAUGAUUCCCGUUGUGCUUGCUCUUGCAUAUGGUAACAAGAGCAUGGCUCGCUAUCUCUACCCCGUUACACCCUUGGAAGACUUGUUACCAGAGAAAGGUACAAAUGGGGCAAGUCUCUUAACCUAUGCUAUAAGAAUGAAACAAUAUGACAUUGCUUAUCAUUUGCUGGAUCGUUGCCCAAGAUUGGGUUUUGCAUCAAACCAUAGGGACAGAUGCCCUCUUUUCGAAUUGGCCUGCACAUCCUCUGCAUUUCUUAGUGGAACUCAACUCACAUUUUGGCAACGCUGGAUAUAUAACUAUUGUAUAUGCAUACCAAAACAUGGGCAGCUUUCCCAGCAAAGGAAAAGACAUCCACAACAUAAACAAGUCAACCAUAACAACUGCUCUUUUCCUAUUGAUGUUCGAGAUGAUGAUGUCCAAACAAAUGAGAAAAAUAUGGAAAUUAAUAUUAUUAUAUCUGAAGUCCACCACCAUUCCUUUGAACUCCUGGAUCUGAUAUCCAAAGAGAUUAAAGCUUUGGACCCAAAAAUGGUUGAUUCCUUAUGUGAGGCACUAUAUGAAGCAGCGGGUAGAGGAAAUGUGGAGUUUUUUGUGAGCGUGCUGCAAAUGGUUCCUGAACUCAUAUGGCAUCAGAAUGAAAAGGGGUCGACCAUUUUCAUGCAUGCUAUCGAAUUUCGUCAGCCCAAAAUAUUUUCUCUCCUACAUGGCUUUGGUUCUAAACAAGCAAUGGCUACUGAGACCGAUAACAGUGGAAACAAUAUGUUACACAUGGCGGGACUAUUGGCACCACCCAGCCAACUUAAUAAAAUUCAAGGUGCAGCCUUACAAAUGCAAAGGGAACUACAAUGGUUUAAGGAAGUAGAGAGAGUCAUGACAGCUGACCGUUUGGAAAGUAAGAAUGAUAAAUCGAAGACACCACGAGAGUUAUUUACAGAAAGCCACAGUGAGUUGAUGAAACGUGCAGAAGAAUGGAUGAAAGAUACAGCCUCUUCUUCAACUGUUGUUGGUGCUCUCGUUUUUACAGUAAUGUUUGCCGUAGCAUUCACUGUGCCUGGGGGAAAUAAUCAAGAUUCAGGUUAUCCUAUUUUCUUAGGACGCAAACUAUUCGACAUUUUCAUCGUAUCAGACGCCAUAUCACUCUUUUCUUCUGUGGCUUCAGUCUUAAUGUUUCUAGCAAUCUUAACAUCGCGUUACGCAGAAGAAGAUUUUCUCAAAUCCUUACCCACAAAAAUGAUGAUAGGCCUUACCACACUUUUCGUAUCACUUGCAAGCAUGACUUUAGCAUUUUCUGUUGCGCUUCUCAUCAUGGUUGGCAAACAAAUUUGGCUUAGAAAUUCAGCCAUUGUUUUAGCAUUCCUUCCUGUCAUCUUGUUUAUAUGGCUCCAGUUUUCCCUCAUUUUUGACAUGUUUAUGUCUACUUAUGGUCCAAGCAUUUUUUAUACGAAAGUUGAUCGCUGGUUAAUACGUUAACCUUUUAU